GGGAGUUAUCCCGAUGCACGUGAUGAGCCAGGAACUCCGUAGCAAGUUGUCCCGGGGGCAGCUCGGUGCUCGAAAGAGUUGUGACUACAAUUUCUCAGCGUAUUCGCCUCCAGCACGUCUUCUUCGCUGUUUGCUUCUUGUUAGCGACUAUCGGUCGCUUUUCCUUGCCAAUCUAUACCUCCUGUCCCGUUGAUCCACUCUACACCAUGCUCAAGACGUUAGUACCCCGGACGAGUCGGUCGCUUCUCUCCACGAAAGCUCCCCAGUAUGGCCCUGCGAACCUCCGAACAGCCCCUAGCUUCCAGAUAGUGUCACCGAGCCAGCAGCGGAGGAGAGGCUACGCAUCAGAAGCUUCCGAUUACGAUGUGGUCUUCAUCGGUGGCGGUGUCGCAGGCUACGUUGGGGCGAUUAAAGCUGGACAAGAGGGUCUCAAGACCGCUUGUAUCGAGAAGAGAGGCAUGCUCGGAGGCACAUGUCUGAACGUCGGCUGCAUACCUUCCAAAUCACUACUCAACAACUCACAUCUCUACCACCAAAUAUUACACGACACGAAAAAGCGUGGCAUUGAUGUUGGCGAAGUCAAACUCAACCUGACACAGAUGAUGAAGGCAAAGGACGAAUCGGUAGCUGGGUUGACGAAAGGCGUCGAGUUUUUGUUCAAGAAAAACAAGGUCGACUACAUCAAGGGCACGGGAUCGUUUAAAGAUGAACAUACCAUCGCAGUCAACCUGAUCGACGGAGGCGAAACGGAAAUCAAGGGCAAGAACAUUGUCAUUGCCACCGGCAGUGAAUCGACACCAUUCCCCGGUCUCGAGAUCGACGAGAAGAAGGUCAUCACAAGCACUGGCGCAAUUGCCCUGACUGAGGUCCCCAAGCGUAUGGUCGUCAUUGGUGGCGGUAUCAUUGGUUUGGAAAUGGCAUCAGUAUGGUCACGACUCGGAUCGCAAGUGACUGUCGUCGAAUUCCUCGGGCAAAUCGGCGGACCAGGCAUGGACAACGAGAUCGCAAAGCAGUCUCAAAAGAUCCUGGCCAAGCAAGGCAUCAAAUUUAAGACAAACACGAAGGUCAUGAAGGGCGACGCGAGCGGCGACAUUGUCAAGCUCGAGGUCGAGGCCGCAAAGGGCGGCAAGAACGAGACGCUAGAAGCCGAGGUCGUGCUCGUGGCCAUCGGCCGCAGACCCUACACCGACGGCCUGGGCAUUGAGAACAUUGGCAUCGAACUCGACGAGCGCAAGCGCCUGGUCAUUGACCAGGAGUACCGCACCAAGAUCCCACACAUCCGCGUCAUUGGCGACUGCACGUUCGGUCCCAUGCUGGCGCACAAGGCUGAAGAGGAGGGUGUCGCUGCGGUGGAAUGGAUCAAGAAGGGCUACGGGCACGUCAACUACGCCGCCAUCCCGUCGGUCAUGUACACGCACCCGGAAGUCGCGUGGGUGGGCCAGAACGAAUCUGAACUCAAGGACGCUGGCGUCAAGUACCGUGUCGGCACGUUCCCUUUUACCGCCAACUCGAGGGCCAAGACCAACCUCGAGACCGACGGUAUGGUGAAGUUUUUGGCUGAUGCUGAGACGGAUCGCAUCUUGGGUGUGCACAUCAUCGGUGCCAAUGCCGGUGAGAUGAUUGCCGAAGCUACUCUGGCGCUGGAGUAUGGUGCGUCGAGUGAGGACGUUGCCCGGACGUGCCAUGCUCAUCCUACGUUGGCGGAGGCGUUCAAGGAGGCUGCCAUGAGCACGUACAGCCAGGCAAUCCAUUUCUAAUCACGCAAAUAUACUGGGUUUGAUUUGGCAAAGCAAGUAGAUCAGCGUCCUAGGAUGGGGUAGGAUGUUGAAAGCCGCUCUUCUACCGCUCCUCGCAUAGUCACACUAUUUUUACUAGGUGGAGAGGGAAAAGGAAAUGUAAAUUAUUGUGUGGUUUGAUACUCCUAUGAUAUAGGCAGUUUCCAACAAGCACAUUCAAACUCGACCCACGUUAUCAUACACAUUAAUAUUAGGCAACUCUGAGGGUCGCCGCAGCAAAUAAAAGAUUCUCCCACUUCAUAACACAUUGUUUUUGUUUUGUUGUCGGUAUUUUGAGGGUAUAUUGGUUGCAGUCAACCUCUGCGCAGAACGGCACAGCCGAAAUGCAAAUGCAGAUAAACAAAUGCUCUCUACUGCAGAGAGCCCUGGGCCGACAUAGAAAGAUCCUAAGCGCCGGGUAUUUGUUUGAUUUUUAGGAAACCAGCCAGCUUUGCAACUGCUGAGAUUCUGUCCGCUAG